CAGACAGCUCGUAACGCCCCAGCUGCGUGGUGACUGACAUCUUUGCAUCUGUGACGGCUACAGGAAUGUGGAAUACAAGUCUAUCUCAGCGUAAAAGGACCCGCCUGUGCCCCUGACGCCAUGACCACGGACCUGAACUUGACCUCCCUGCUGAAUAUAACCGAUCUUCACAAUCAGACAAGAGGAUGCUCCCUCACCAGGACCGGUUUCCAGUUCUACUACCUGCCCAUUGUGUACAUCAUGGUCUUCAUCACGGGGCUGGUGGGCAACAGCCUGGCCAUUUGGAUGUUCGUGUGCCACAUGAGACCCUGGAGCAGCAUCUCCGUCUACAUGUUUAACCUGGCGCUGGCCGACUUCUGCUACGUGCUCUCGCUGCCCUUCCUCAUCUUCUACUACUUCAACAAAACGGACUGGAUAUUCGGGGAUGUCCUGUGCCGACUGCAGCGCUUUAUAUUCCAUGUGAAUCUUUACGGGAGUAUUCUCUUUCUGACCUGCAUCAGUGUUCACAGGUACACCGGGGUCGUGCACCCGCUCAAGUCUCUGGGCAGACUGAAGAAGAAAAAUGCGGUUAUUACCAGCGCGUUGGUGUGGGCGGUGGUUGUUAUAGCUAUUUCCCCCAUCUUGUAUUAUUCCAGGACUGGCUUGAAGCGCAACGCUACCACUUGUUAUGACACCACCACUCAGGAUGAGUUACCUGGUUAUUUUAUCUACAGCAUGACGUUGACUGUGUUUGGGUUCUGCAUUCCCUUCAUUAUCAUAUUUUGUUGCUAUGGCAUGAUUGUCAAAGCGUUGAUCUGCAAUGAUAUGAACAACGCGCCGCUGCGGCAGAAAUCCAUUUACCUGGUUAUCAUCGUGCUGGCGGUCUUCGCCUUGUCCUACCUGCCCUUCCACGUGAUGAAGAACCUCAACAUGCGGGCCAGGCUGUACUUCCAGGGCCCUGACAUGUGUGAUUUCAAUAACCGCGUCUACGCCACCUACCAGGUGACCCGGGGGCUGGCCAGCCUCAAUAGCUGUGUGGAUCCUAUUCUUUACUUGCUGGCUGGAGACAACUUCAGGAGGAAGCUGUCGCGGGCCACUAAAAAGCCCUCCAGGAAGGGGGACAAUGUCCUGCAGUCCAAAAGCGAGGAGACGGCGCUCAACAGCCUGGCAGAGUAAGUAGAGAAUGGAGACCGGAGGCUGUGACCGGCCACCUCUGUGCACCUCCUGGUCACUGGAGCGGAACGCUGUCGGCUUUAGAAACCAUGAUGGACUUUAGUCUUGGUUGAAUGAGCGCAUUGUGUGGACUGAAGGCUGUGUGUGAAACGUAAUGUGUGAUGGCUUAUAAAACUGUUCAUUUAACCCCCGUGAUAACCAUGGCAGCCCGCCGUUGUUGAUAAGCUAUCGUACUGUAUCGUCGUGGACACGUAUUGUACUCUAAACCUGAGAGCCAACCGCUCUUCUUUCUUAUCGAGUAGCCGGAGAUGCUUAGAUAACAUUAACAUUACGGUCGGGCAAGCCGGAGGAAAUAGGUGUCCCUACAAGCUGUGAUGUCCCGUCGAUCAAUUUGUUCUGGAAAAAAAAUGGGCCUGAGAAGGGAUUGCACCUCCUGGAGCCACCGAGCUGAGACUUAAUCCAGAGCUAUUAAGGAGGAACGCUGGUGGUUGAGGGUGUGUACCUGCGAUGGCUUUUCGAGUAAAAAGUAAAUGCACUGAACCUGAGAUUGCUGCAUGGAUGUGCCGUGCAGACAUUGUAAUGCACUAGGACCGGGGACUCUCUGCUCAGAGGGCGACCUAUAACUCCUCAUUUCUUUCUCCAUCUAGUCCCGACUGGGCGAGAAAUGUGGUCGACUCGUUUUUCAUUUUGACAGCUCUGAGGUGAAGGUCUGCCGGGGCUCUGAUCCCACAACCUUUUCUCUCCUUGUUACCAUGUUACUGACAGAAAAAAAGAAGAUACUCCAUACAGUGUUUGUGUGAAUAUGAUACUAUGAUGAUUGUUUGUUUUGAGGGUUGGGCUGUACAGGAUUGUGUGUCGUUCCAAAUCAAUAUGUGUUGUUAACUGGUUCGGUGUCACUAAUCCAGACCCUCGUGUCACGAAUAAAAUGUCAUCAGUGAAACACUAACCGCAGGAGGUUGGACCUAAUCUCGUGUUUAAUGCGGCAUGAGGAAUAAAUAAUGUCUUUUAAAUGAGCAUAACUGACACACACUCUGUCACCUGCUUUGUGACUCCAACAUAUUGAAGACUUGUUUUGUAUGAGAUAUAUCAAAGUAAAUACUGCACUAUGUCUGUGUUUUGACAGAUAAUCAUGUCUCUGUUGCGUCUGUGGUUGAUCACUGUGGAGAAAUGAUCGUGGACCCUGGACUCUGUCGGUGUUUGAUGUCGGUACUAAUACAUUUGUUAAUACGUAAUGUGGUCAGCUGCUGUUAAGAAGGGAAGUGACUUAACUGUACAGGAUAUGUGUCGCCACGUGUAUCUAUGUCAAUAAAUUUUUAUAUUUAAAACAUG